CAUCUCUUUAGUCAUCAUCUUAACCACCAUGAGCCACCAGCACCAGCAGCCGCCGAGCUAUGCCACCGACCCAAACACCAUGUUCGUUCAAGCAGACCCUUCUAAUUUCCGUAACAUCGUCCAAAAGCUCACCGGAGCACCACCCGAUAUCUCUUCCUCCUCCUUCUCCACCGUCUCCGCCGCACACCAAAAGCUUCCACUAACUCCCAAAAAGCCAGCGUUCAAGCUCCACGAACGGCGUCAAUCAUCAAAGAAAAUGGAGCUGAAGGUCAACAACAUCACAAACCCCAACGAAGCUUUCAGCCAUUUCCACCGAGGAUUCCUCGUCUCUCCCGUCUCUCACCUAGACCCAUUCUGGGCGCGCGUGAGUCCACAUUCAGCGCGUGAGGAACACCACGCGCAACCGGACAAGGAAGAGCAAAAAGCCAUAGCGGAAAAAGGGUUCUACUUCCUUCCGAGUCCGAGAAGCGGCGCUGAGCCAGCACCGGAGCUUUUGCCGCUGUUUCCUCUUCGUUCUCCUAACGGCACUACUCACCGGAUUCAUGAAGAUAAUUAUGGCGACUCUUGAUCAUUAGAGCUCUCUAAUCGUAAUUUGAGUUUAAUUAGGCUAUUUUAAUCGUAAGUUGGGGUGACACGUGAUAUUUGCUGUUGCUUUUUACUAUUUUUGUUAGGGCUAUAGUUACUAUCCGUUUUCCAUUUAACCUAGACUCUUUUUUCUUCUAUUAUCCUUCAUUAAACGUUUUUUGAAGGG